AAGCAUUCUAGUUCUCUUUACUCUGUUUGCUACUGAACUUCUUUACUUUUGGUCUGAGAGAAGGUGUGGCUGUGUGGACUGCUGGUGUGGAAAGCGUAUGGAAUUGCUCUGGUUCGCUUCUUUUGUAAAUAUUACAUUCAAAAAAAACAAAACCAGUUGAAGAUUUCUUGUGUUCAAGUGUUCAAACCAUUCCUAGCGGCUAGCAGCUCCUUCAUAAAAAGGAAAAGCUGAUUGUGGGUGGCAUCUGGGCUCCUAGUUUUUUUUUAACUUUUCAGUUCAAUGGAGAGGAGAGCGGAUGGUGUUUUGUGUUUUGUGGCUUUCUUGUGCUUAUGGACUUCAGCAACUGGUUUGCUUUCUCCCAAAGGUGUCAACUAUGAAGUUCUAGCUUUGAUGGGCAUCAAAGAUUCUCUGGAGGAUCCUCAUAAUCUUCUGGAAAAUUGGGAUGAGACUGCUGUGGAUCCAUGUAGCUGGACCAUGGUCACUUGCUCUCCUGAUGGUUUGGUCAUUGGCCUAGGAACUCCAAGCCAGAACUUGUCCGGUACCUUGUCACCUAACAUUGGCAACUUGAAAAAUCUCCAGUUUGUGCUCCUGCAGAACAACAAUAUAUCAGGACCAAUCCCCUCUGAGAUUGAGAAACUCCGAAAGCUUCGCACACUUGAUCUUUCUAAUAACAACUUCACCGGUCAACUUCCCAAUAAUCUAUUCCUCCUGAAAAACCUUCAAUACCUGCGGCUAAACAAUAACAGUCUCUCUGGAGUUUUUCCUCCAGCUUUGGCUAAUAUGACCCAGCUUUCUUUCGUGGAUCUGUCUUAUAACAAUUUGAGUGGUCCUGUACCCAAGUUGCAUGUCAAGUCAUUCAAUGUUGUUGGAAACUCCUUGAUAUGUGCCACCGGAACUGAGAAGGAUUGUUUUGGAACGACAUCAUUGCUACCUUCUUUCGCCUCGAAUUAUUCGUCAAACUCUCAAAAUCCCGGAACAACUAAGAGACAAAAAACUGCCUUAGCCUUUGGUUCAAGCUUAGGGUGCAUCUGCCUGUUAAUUCUUGGGUUUGGUUUCCUGCUUUGGUGGAGGCAACGGCACAACCAGCAAAUAGUCUUUGAUGUUUUUGAACAACAUCAUGAAGAACUUUGCCUUGGAAACUUAAGGAAAUUUCAGCUCAGAGAACUACAGAUUGCUACAAGCAACUUUAGCAGCAAGAACCUGAUUGGAAAGGGUGGUUUCGGUAAUGUCUAUAAAGGGUGUCUUCAAGAUGGUACAGUAGUAGCAGUGAAAAGGCUCAAAGAUGGAAAUGCCAUUGGGGGUGAGGUCCAAUUUCAAACGGAAAUUGAGAUGAUCAGUCUAGCAGUGCACAGGCAUCUUCUCCGGCUCUCUGGAUUUUGUAUGACUUCCACGGAGAGGCUUUUGGUUUACCCGUACAUGUCGAAUGGGAGUGUUGCUUCCCGUCUCAAAGUAAAACCAGCACUGGAUUGGGGGACAAGGAAAAGAAUUGCCUUGGGAGCUGCAAGGGGUUUGUUAUACUUGCAUGAGCAGUGUGAUCCAAAGAUAAUUCACAGGGAUGUGAAAGCUGCAAACAUAUUGCUUGACGACUUCUGCGAGGCUGUGGUAGGAGAUUUUGGACUUGCAAAGUUGUUGGAUCACCAGGAUUCACAUGUGACAACAGCCGUGAGAGGCACUGUGGGGCAUAUAGCUCCAGAGUAUCUCUCCACAGGCCAGUCCUCUGAGAAAACAGAUGUUUUUGGGUUUGGGAUCCUUCUGCUUGAGUUAAUAUCUGGGCAAAGAGCUCUUGAGUUUGGGAAAACUGCAAACCAGAAAGGAGCCAUCCUUGAAUGGGUGAAGAAAAUUCAUCAGGAACAGAAGCUUGAAAUGCUAGUUGACAAGGACUUGAAAAGCAACUAUGAUCCAAUAGAGCUUGAAGAAACAGUUCGAGUUGCUUUGUUAUGUACUCAAUACCUUCCAAGUCACAGACCAAAGAUGUCUGAAGUGGUACGAAUGCUAGAAGGAGAUGGUCUUGCGGAAAAAUGGGAAGCUUCUCAGAGAGCUGAAUCAACUAGAUGCAGAGCCAAUGAAUUCUCCUCUUCGGAGCGAUACUCUGAUCUCACUGUUGACUCUUCUGUGCUUGGCCAAGCAAUGGAGCUCUCUGGACCCAGGUGACAUGUAUGGUUGUGAAAUGCAGAGAAAGUAUGAAAGCAAGAGUCAAUAGCACAUUUAUUUUCCAUGAAUUUGGGAGGGGAAAAAAUAAAAUCCCAGUGGAAAUGAGUUGGUUGUAUAUUAGAAUCAUUGAAGCCUUGAAGAGUCGUGUUUAUUUCUUACUGUACAGAAUCUGAUUUGGGAAACCGACGUCGAGAAUUUGUUGGCAAGAAUAA